CCCUUAUGUAAGUCAGUGCUAGCGGGAUGCUGGUCGCCGCUGGACGUGCCGCACGUCUCAGUCGCUACUGAAAUGCGCUCGACGCACGAUGUUCGCCGACCGUCAGUCGACGGUUGUGUUUUGAACCCUCUCGAACCGGCCAAAUAAAUUAGUGACUCGAAAAAAUGUGCUGCAGUGACUAAUGUAGUUUGUGUCGUAAAUCAGGACGGAAGCAGCGGAAGUGGCGUGUAAAAGGCGAAAUUUGUUUUAGAGUCGUGCGCUGGAUUCACUUGAGAUUUAUCGUUCAAAACAAGGGUGCAGCGUUUAGGUCUAUUUCGAAUCUCAGCUGAAGUCAUCAUGAUAUUAGGUUCAAUCCUGAAGCGCUCCCCUACUGCUUUCCAUGGAAGAUUUAUUUUACGGGACACUAGAUUGAAAAUAAAAUUACUUAAGUUACGCCAAGUUUAUGUGUUGAGCGACAUUAAUUAGUACGAAGAGUGUCAUACUAUUAUUUGUCAACGGGUUAAUAACGGACAAAAAUGGCUGUUGACUGAUUUAGUUUAAACAGGUUUAUUUUAAUUGCUCAAUAGUAGUCACUGGCUUCGUUUUUGGUAACGAUUGAAAAUAAUUUGAAGCGCUAGAUAGACUUUUUCUGAGUUGAUGCAUAUAACCGCUUCAAUUUAAACAUAAUAAAUAGUGAAAGCGUAUAGGACAUAAAAUUAUUAAGUGACAAUGAAAAGAAGAAGAUAGUGUAAAAAAUAACAUAAAUUAGUAUACUUAAAUAGGUUUUAGUUAAAUAGAAGAUAAAAGAAGCAAUAUGGCUGAUGCAAGAAAGAAGAUGUCGAGGCAUUCAUACAUUUUGAAUGCAGUAUUUCUGUUUAUAUCCAUGAUUUACGGAGCCGGCGGCCUGCGUACCACGGAACUCCGCAUCACACCGCGCGUUGUACAGCGCGGUCGCAACGUCACUAUGGCGUGCCUGUACCAGCUCGACAACGCUGGCAUCUACUCGGUCAAGUGGUACAGGGAGCACCAGGAGUUCUACAGAUAUUCGCCCUUCGAAUCGCCUACUACGAGGUCAAUUCCCGUUAGUGGGAUUAAAAUUGAUAGGCUAAGGUCCAAUGAGAGCCAAGUGGUGCUGGUGGCGGUGACUCCAGCUCUCAGUGGCAACUACAGCUGUGAGGUCAUCCAGAACUCUCUCAACUACCCCCACAGCACGGCGUCGGCCAAGCUCGAUGUUGUCGGCAUCGGCGGCCUCCGCGCCACAGACCUGCUGAUCUCCCCGCCAGUGGUGCAGCGAGGGUCGGACGCCACGCUGGCCUGUCUCUACGAGCUCACGGACGCGCCUCUCUACUCCGUCAAGUGGUACAGGGGGCGCCACGAGUUCUACCGCUUCUCGCCUACUGAAGCCCCCGCGACCAAGAUCUUCCCGUUCGCUGGGAUUAACGUUGAUCUGGCCAGGUCCAACCAGAGCCAGGUGGUGCUGACACGCGUGAGCUUCGGCCUCUCCGGCAACUUCAGCUGCGAGGUGACCGCCGACGCGCCGUCCUUCGCCACCUCCAUCGUGUCCAAUACCAUGGAGGUUGUUGUGCUACCACCAUCGCCGCCCACCAUCCAGACGAGCCAGCACUUCCACGCGCCAGGGGACGUGCUCCGCGCCAACUGCUCCUGCGGGCCCAGUCGCCCCCCCGCUGAGCUCGCCUUCUACAUUAAUGACUCUCCGGUGACCCCCGGCCUACACCAAGUCCUCCCCAUGGCCGAAGGGCUCUUCCACUCCGAGUUCUUCGUGCAGAUCCAGCUGUGGCCGGCGCACUACGAGCGCGGCGCGCCCAUCCUGCGCUGCGAGGCGCGCGCCGGCGACCUGUACAGGGAGGACGCCGCCGUCGCGCUGUACUCGGGGAGCGGCGACCCUAAGAUUGAACGAGUCACGUCGCCAGGGUCGGCCGCUACGCUUCUCGGCUGCCAAAUAUUAAUUAUAGUCAAUACAAUUUUGUGGAUUUGUAGAACUAACAUUACAUAGAACUGUUGUGUUGCUAUAAAUUAAUUAAUAAAGAUUAUGUGUAUAAAAAUAAAUAAAUAAUAAAUAUAAUUAGUACCUUAAUAGAAGUAAAUGUGCCGGUAAGAAGGGAGAAUGUGAAGAAUUUAUUCGAAACAAAAUUGACCCAAAGAGCUGAUUACUAUACCAAAGAAUGUAAAGACUUAAGAAUAUUGUUGAUUUAAUACAAAUUAUAUAUGUCGGAACAU